AUGGUGAAGGGGUUUUUCAUGCUUUCUGUUGCUGUUUUGAAGGAGGCCACGUUCCAAGUGGUUUUAGUCUCCAACGUCCAUCGCUCUUUCAUCCUCAUCAACUAUGGAGACAUUGCACAGACAGAACAAAAGUGGCAGGCUGGUUACAGCACGUUGGACUCUGUCCAUUCGUUCACAAUUCCAGUAACCAGCAUCCAAGAACUCUCAUCUAGCAGCAAUAUCAAUGUGAAUGGUCGCCUCUCUUUCCAUGUGGAUGGUUCACCGAACUUGCCAACAAAUUUCCUUGCUUCUGGGGCUGGAGACACAGUGAAGCCCCCUGCUGAGGAUGGAAGCUCUGAUGUCAUUUUCUUGCAGCAGCCUUUCAGAUACUUUGGACGCACAUACAAUCAGAUCUUCGUGAACAACAAUGGCUACUUGACGUUUACUGAGCCGCUGUCUGCCUACAACCCCGUUCUGGAUACCACAAGAGAUAUCGUUGCUCCUCUUUGGACCCGCCUUGACAAUCGACGGGGUGGAACUGUCUCCUACAGAGAGGAUACAAGCAAUGCUGUACUGGCACAAGUCACUGCGGCCAUUAAGCAGUACUUCCCUAACAUACCUUUUGCUGCUACAUCAGCUUUUGUGGCUACCUGGGACAGUGUGCCGUACCACAACGGUGGAGGGGUGGUCACUUUCCAAUUGGUUUUAGCGUACAAUGUUCAUCGCUCGUUCAUCCUCAUCUAUUAUGGAGAUGUUGCAGAAACAGGACAACUUUGGCAGGCUGGCUAUAAUACUGUGGACUCUGCAAGCUCUUUCACAAUUCCAGCAGCACGUGUCCCUGAACUCUUAUCGAGCAGUAAUAUCAAUGUGAAUGCUUCCUGGUCUUUCCAUGUUGAUGGGUCACCAAACCUGCCAUCUAAUUUCCUACCAUUUGGAAACGGAGAAAUAGUAACCCCCCGUUUGGAGAAUGGAAGCUCUGAAGCCAUUACAUUGCUGCAGCCUUUCAGGUUUUUUGGACGCACACUCAACCAGACCUUUGUCAACAACAACGGCCACCUAACGUUUACUGAGCCGCUGUCCGACUACAUUCCCCUUCUGAAUUCUGGAAGAGACAUCAUUGCUCCUCUCUGGACUCAACUUGACAAUCGACGUGGUGGAACUAUCUCCUGUAGAGAGGAUAGAAGCAGUUCUGUUCUGGCACUAGUCACUGCAGCUAUUGACCGAUACUUCCCUAACAUAACGUUUGUCGCUACAUCCGCUUUUGUGGCUACCUGGGAUAGUGUGCCAUACCAAAAUGGUGAAGGGGAGGCCACGUUCCAAGUGGUUUUAGUCUCCAACGUCCAUCGCUCUUUCAUCCUCAUCAACUAUGGAGACAUUGCACGGACAGAACAAAAGUGGCAGGCUGGUUACAGCACGUUGGACUCUGUCCGUUCGUUCACAGUUCCAGUAACCAGCGUCCAAGAACUCUCAUCUAGCAGCAAUAUCAAUGUGAAUGGUCGCCUCUCUUUCCAUGUGGAUGGUUCACCGAACUUGCCAACAAAUUUCCUUGCUUCUGGGGCUGGAGACACAGUGAACCCCCCUGCUGAGGAUGGAAGCUCUGAUGUCAUUUUCUUGCAGCAGCCUUUCAGAUACUUUGGACGCACAUACAAUCAGAUCUUCGUCAACAACAAUGGCUACUUGACGUUUACCGAACCGCUGUCUGCCUACAACCCCGUUCUGGAUACCGCAAGAGAUAUCGUUGCUCCUCUUUGGACUCGCCUUGACAAUCGACGGGGUGGAACUGUCUCCUACAGAGAGGAUACAAGCAAUGUUGUACUGGCACAAGUCACUGCGGCCAUUAAGCAGUACUUCCCUAACAUACCUUUUGCUGCUACAUCAGCUUUUGUGGCUACCUGGGACAGUGUGCCGUACCACAACGGUGGAGGGGUGGUCACUUUCCAAGUGGUUUUAGCGUACAAUGUUCAUCGCUCUUUCAUCCUCAUUUAUUAUGGAGAUGUUGCAGAAACAGGACAACUUUGGCAGGCUGGCUAUAAUACUGUGGACUCUGCAAGCUCUUUCACAAUUCCAGCAGCACGUGUCCCUGAGCUCUUAUCGAGGAGUAAUAUCAAUGUGAAUGCUUCCUGGUCUUUCCAUGUUGAUGGGUCACCAAACCUGCCAUCUAAUUUCCUACCAUUUGGAAACGGAGAAAUAGUAACCCCCCGUUUGGAGAAUGGAAGCUCUGAAGCCAUUACAUUGCUGCAGCCUUUCAGGUUUUUUGGACGCACACUCAACCAGACCUUUGUCAACAACAAUGGCCAUCUAACGUUUACUGAGCCGCUGUCCGACUACAUUCCCCUUCUGAAUUCUGGAAGAGACAUCAUUGCUCCUCUCUGGACUCAACUUGACAAUCGACGUGGUGGAACUAUCUCCUGUAGAAAGGAUAGAAGCAGUUCUGUUCUGGCACUAGUCACUGCAGCUAUUGACCAAUACUUCCCUAACAUAACGUUUGUUGCUACAUCAGCUUUUGUGGCUACCUGGGAUAGUGUGCCAUACCAAAAUGGUGAAGGGGAGGCCACGUUCCAAGUGGUUUUAGUCUCCAACGUCCAUCGCUCUUUCAUCCUCAUCAACUAUGGAGAUAUUGCAGAGACAGAACAAAAGUGGCAGGCUGGUUACAGCACGUUGGACUCUGUCCAUUCGUUCACAAUUCCAGUAACCAGCGUCCAAGAACUCUCAUCCAGCAGCAAUAUCAAAGUGAAUGGUCGCCUCUCUUUCCAAGUGGAUGGUUCACCGAACUUGCCAACACAUUUCCUCGCUUCUGGGGCUGGAGACACAGUGAACCCCCCUGCUGAGGAUGGAAGCUCUGAUGUCAUUUUCUUGCAGCAGCCUUUCAGAUACUUUGGACGUACAUACAAUCAGAUCUUCGUGAACAACAACGGCUACCUAACGUUUACUGAGCCUAUGUCUGCCUACAAUCCCAUUCUGGAUAACGCAAGAGACAUCGUUGCUCCACUUUGGACUCGCCUUGACAAUCGACGGGGUGGAACUGUCUCCUACAGAGAGGAUACAAGCAAUGUUGUACUGGCACAAGUCACUGCGGCCAUUAAGCAGUACUUCCCUAACAUACCUUUUGCUGCUACAUCAGCUUUUGUGGCUACCUGGGACAGAGUGCCGUACCAUAAUGGUGGAGGGGUGGUCACUUUCCAAGUGGUUUUAGUGUACAAUGUUCAUCGCUCUUUCAUCCUCAUCUAUUAUGGAGAUGUUGCAGAAACAGGACAACCUUGGCAGGCUGGCUAUAAUACUGUGGACUCUGCAAGCUCUUUCACAAUUCCAGCAGCACGUGUCCCUGAUCUCUUAUCGAGCAGUAAUAUCAAUGUGAAUGCUUGCUGGUCUUUCCAUGUUGAUGGGUCACCAAACUUGCCAUCUAAUUUCCUACCAUUUGGAAACGGAGAAAUAGUAACCCCUCGUUUGGAGAAUGGAAGCUCUGAAGCCAUCACAUUGCUGCAGCCUUUCAAGUUUUUUGGACGCACACACAACCAGACCUUUGUCAACAACAAUGGCCAUCUAACGUUUACUGAGCCGCUGUCCGACUACAUUCCCCUUCUGAAUUCUGGAAGAGACAUUGUUGCUCCUCUCUGGACUCAUCUUGACAAUCUUCAUGGUGGAACUAUCUCCUAUAGAGAGGACACAAAUAGUUCUGUACUGAUAGUAGUCACUGCAGCUGUUAAUCAAUACUUCCCUAACCUUGCCCUUCCAUUCAUCGCUACAUCAGUGUUUGUAGCUACCUGGGAUAAUGUGCCGUACUUCUCUGGUGAAGGGGUAGUUACUUUUCAAGUGGUCUUAAUCUCCAAUGUUGAUCACUCCUUCAUCCUGUUUAACUACGGAAACAUCGCAGAAACCAGACAACGAUGGCUCGCUCUCUAUGACACAGUGGACUUUGCAAACUCUAACAGCAAUGUCAACGUUAAAGGUCGCUGGGUUUUUCAUGUUUAUGAUGUUUGUGAUACCUUAGGCUGCACUGGACAAGAAGUUUGCAGUUUUAGAGAUGCCUAUGGCUGUAGUUGCUUGGAAGGACAAAAACAUAAUCCUGAAACAUUUGAUGCAAAGCAGUUUUGUGACAGCAGCACUAGCUCCUUAUCUCUUUCACGCUGCCAACUCUUUGAAUCUGGUUUUCCUCCUGAGAUCCUGCAUCUAAAUGACCCCAGUUGCAAAGGAAUUUCAGAAAAUGGCAGAGUUCUAUUUCAUUUUGACAAUGAUGGCCACGUCUGUGGUACUACUUUAAUGAGCAAUGGCACUCACUUCAUCUACCAAAACGCCAUUCAUUCUAACUUGUCAGUGGGUGUUAUUACACGAGAGAGAUGGAUGAAUAUUGCAUUUUCUUGUGCAUACCCUCUGAUCCAGAACCUCUCUAUGCCCAAGGACAUCCAAGCUGAAUGGAGUGUGAUAAGCAUCGACCUUCCUGGCCAGGGCACAUACCAGAUCCGGAUGAUUCUUUACCAUGAUGCUCAGUUUAGCAGCCCAUAUGAGGGAGAUGCGGAAGUGCAGGUGAAUCAGCAGAUGUAUGUUGCAGUUGAAGUGGGAGGAGUGGAUAGAAGUCAGAUUGCCACAGUUCUGGACAACUGCUGGGCCACACCGGUUAAUGAUAUUGAUCAUCAAAUUCGCUGGAAUCUGAUUAUUAGAGAAUGUCCCAACCCUGAGGAUGGUACAGUGGAGGUUUUACAGAAUGGUAUUGACACAACAAGCCGUUUCUCCUUCAGGAUGUUUACCUUCACAGGGGGUUCCGAUCAAAUCUUUUUGCACUGUCAAGUUCACCUCUGCCUAGUACGGAAUGGCAGAUGUGCACAGUCAUGCAACCCUGGACGUAGACGCAGAAGGCGCAGAUCUGUGGACUUCCAUCACACUACAGCGAUCACCAUGGGUUUUUAUCAGAGCUAAGCAACCCUGCUGGAUGAAAGAUGAAUGAUAUCAGAAAGAAAACUUUUGUCACUAUUGAAAAUGUGUUAUUUAAAACUGUAAACAUUUUUAGGGUGGGGCUAUUAUGACUCUAUACUGGACUAAAAUUGUAUUAAAUCAUAAGUAUUUUAUAUAUAUAUAAAUAUAUAUAUAUAUAUAUUUGGUGGUGUUCAUUAAAUAAUACCUUGAAUAA